AUGAUAUCAUCUUAUUUCAGAUAUUGGUGCCACUCCUGUCUUCAUGAAUUCCAGAACGCUAGUGAAAUGAUAAACUGCAUAUACUGUCAAAGUGAAUAUAUUGAAGAAAUUGACCCAAAUGAGCCUCAUCCUCAGCAGUUUGUGCCAGAAAUGAAUCGUCAACAAAACAGGCCUGUGGAUCCAAGGAUGAAUUUUAUGGUAUUUGGGUUCCAGUUGGUUCCUCCAAACAUCCAAGGCUUGAUGUCUAUGUUUGGGGCCAAUUCUGGUCCUUCACCUGCAAAUGAAGCUGCAAUUUCUAGAUGCAGCACAUUGAAAUUUGAAGAACUUUCUGAGGAUUGCUUAGACUGCCCAGUAUGCAAAGAUAAUUUUACUAAUUCUUUUUUAUGUUAUUUUUUAAAAAAAUAUUUGUGGAUUUAUUAUCAUUAAUUUUUUAAGGUAAAAACUCCAAAAAUGUAAGCAAUCAGACCUUUUGAAACUUCCAUGUAACCAUAUUUUCCAUAAAGAAUGCGUAGUAAAUUGGCUUAAAAGACGAAAUAGCUGUCCAGUGUGUAGAUUUGUGAUACCUACUUCUUAA